CUUAGCAAACGUCUCACUUAGCAAUGGAAAUUUUGGGCUCAAUUGUGGUUCUAAGGCGAGGACCUGCUCUGUUUACAAAACACGGUGCUUCAGGAUAAGGUAGAAUAAUUAGUUCAUUGAGGAAGCAAUACGUGUUCGGCCCUCCCUCCAGGUCUGACAUUUGCCACCUCCAGCUACGCCUUUGCGCUCUCUUUUCUUGCCCCCGAAGGAAGAGGAGAGGCUUGAACGAGCUAGACAGGUUCCCCGCUCGGCUAUCCUCGCCCUGCGCCGCGCCUAAAGCAGGAAGUCGCUGACCAGGGCAGCUGUCGGAAACGGUCUCCUGUAGUGCCGGGAGCGUCUCUUUCCAAGGGGACUCGGUAGCCGGCGACCGCCCCGUCUCCUCGCUUCGGUUGCAAGUUAGGUAUAUGGGAAAAGACUUAACCCCUCAGUGAUUGGUAACAUCAAGGAACAAAUGUAGUCAGCAUUACAUUUUGGUUUACUGCAAACUUGGAACAAAAAUCUGAAGCAUCUGAGUAACAAAAAGUUAAACUUGGUACUCAAGUAAAUGGCCGAGCUUCCACCUGGGAUUCGUUUGAUCACUUCAUUUACAAAAGACCAAUGGUACAGGGCUUUCAUAUUUGUCUUGACUUUCCUGCUGUAUGUUAGUUUUCAUUUAUCAAGGAAGCCAAUCAGUAUAGUUAAGGGAGAGCUGCAUAAACACUGUACUACUCUUCAAAUUAUUGAGCGGGAUACCCAUGAAGAAAAUGGCAUCCACAUUCCACCUGUUAAAACAUUAUAUAAUAAUUCUCGCUGUGGCUGGGAACCUUUUGAUAAAAGCAACUACAAGCAGUUAUUGGGAGCCCUGGAUUAUUCAUUUCUCUGUGCUUAUGCUGUCGGAAUGUAUUUGAGUGGCAUAAUAGGAGAACGUUUGCCUAUUCGAUACUAUCUCAGUGGUGGGAUGCUUGCCAGUGGAUUCUUUACUGCAUUAUUUGGAAUUGGCUAUUUUUGUAAUAUACAUAGUUUGUGGUACUACAUCAUUGCUCAGGUAGCUAAUGGAUUGGUACAAACUACUGGCUGGCCCAGUGUGGUCACUUGCAUUAGCAACUGGUUUGGAAAAGGAAGGAGAGGAUUGAUAAUGGGAUUAUGGAAUUCCCACACUUCAGUAGGAAAUAUUUUAGGAUCCUUAAUAGCUGGCUACUGGGUAUCUAUCUGCUGGGGCUUGUCUUUUGUGGUACCUGGCAUUAUAAUAUCCUUAAUGGGGAUUAUAUGCUACCUGUUUCUUAUUGAACAUCCUAAGGAUGUAAACUGUACAGUAAAAUCAUCAGCUGAUCCAGAAAUGCAAUGUCUGCUACGGAGUAAUGAAAAUUGCACAAAGCCACUGAAUCUUAAUGGAGGAUACGAACACUUUGGAAAUGGAAAUGCUGCUAUAAGUUUUACUGGUGCUUUGCAAAUACCUGGAGUGGUAGAAUUUUCUCUCUGCCUAUUAUUUGCCAAAUUAGUCAGCUACACUUUUCUUUUCUGGCUACCACUAUACAUCACUAAUGUAGAGCAUCUUGAUGCUAAAAAGGCAGGUGAUCUUUCUACCCUAUUUGAUGUUGGAGGAAUUUUUGGUGGAAUUUUAGCGGGUGUAAUAUCAGACCGACUCAAAAAAAGGGCUACAACUUGUGGCAUGAUGCUGUUGAUAGCUGGACCCACUCUGUAUAUAUUUUCUGCAAUCAGCAAAAUGGGUUUUGAGGCCACAAUAAUUAUGUUGCUCAUCUGUGGAGCUCUUGUGAAUGGUCCAUACGCAUUGAUCACGACAGCUGUCUCUGCUGACUUGGGUACCCAUAAAAGUCUUCAUGGAAAUGCAAAAGCUCUCUCAACUGUUACAGCCAUCAUUGACGGAACAGGCUCCAUAGGUGCAGCAUUGGGACCAUUGUUAGCCGGUCUUCUUUCUUCAUCUGGUUGGAACAAUGUCUUUUACAUGCUGAUGAUAGCAGAUGCCUGUGCCUUACUGUUUUUACUCCGCCUUAUACGAAAGGAACUUCAAUGUAGUCUUGACCAGACUUUGUUUAAGGAGCAUUGACUUUUAGUCAGGAGAUUUAUUUAAAACAAUUAUUUUUAAAGAGGUUAAUCCGGAAAUCCUACUUGAUCCCUCUGAGAAGAAAGCUGCUUCUAUAAAAGGCACAUUGCACAUCUUUCUUUGGAUUGCUGAUAUCCCUGGAAAUAAUAUUUGCAUGCAAAUCGCAUUUCCUGAAAAACUUGCAGUUGUUUUUAGACAUCAGAAUUUUGAUUCUUCGCAGCUCCUCUCUUAACUUUGUACAUUAAUAUAGGGAAUGUGAUAUAAAGGCUCUCCUAGCUAUUCUACAUAGCAGAACUGAGCCAAAGAAAAGUGUGCCUUUAUCAUCACUUUGUCAAAAUAUUUUAUUACAUGAUUGCUCUCAUGUUUUAAGAGAAUUGAAGACAAAAAGCGAAGGAAAUAAUUAACUCUAGAUACUAUUUUGGAAUGUACUAAAAAUGAGCAAAAUGUGGAUUCAGAUGUCUGCCCUGUUAUGCCAUGUUUACUUUUUGUUAAAAAAAAUUGACUGUUGAAUAUGCAAUACUUCCUAUUAAGAAUAUUCAGCAUUUUCUAUUGUCCAAUGUUACUAAUAUUUCUCAUUGUACAGUUAAAUAUUGAACUUGAUUAUUCAUAUAGCUGAUUAAUGAAUUAGAAGCAAAUAACUUGUAUUAACAGAACUUUCAAGGCAUUUCAGAAUGAUAAUAUCUAUUAUCCUGCUUGAUUUUUGAAAUUGAUCAAAAUGGAAAUUGAUUUUAAAGUAAUAUUCAAUAGUUACUGCAGCUGAUGUAUUUAUUCUCUCCCAUGGAUAUUUUUUAAAUCAUUUUUGGAAAACAUUAUAAAGUAAAUUCACAAACACUGAACCAAAUUUCUAGUUGAUAUUGUUGACAUCCAAAGUUGAUACAUUUGGGAGAUUUAUCUGCAAUUGGCUUACUGGGACUUUCCUUCUCAUUGUGUUUAUGCAAAAAAGGCCUCUACAUCCAACUGAAUUGUGUAAAACUCAUACCUUCAUGACAGUACAUUCGCAAGAAUCCUUCUUAUGUAUUUGUCUCUGAAACCUUAGAAUUACCCUGGAUGUAUUUGAAUGAUUUUAUUCUUGUUUAUAAGUGCAUUUUUGAAAAGACAGGAUGGUAUUACCUCUAUUAAACUACUUAUUUACUUA